UGGGAAGAAUACAAUUAUGUGAGCUACACGAUUUACUUCGCAUUUUCACGCGCUUGCUACUGCUGAAUUGUUUCGCGGAUACCAUGGUAGUACAAUGCAAAGAUGCAAUUAUUUGUCUACGCUGCGAUUCUCAAGGAAGAAAGUACAAUACAAAGCAACAACAACCAAAAAAGAAGGUACAAUACAUUAUUUUAACGCAAUUGCAAAUAUGACCGGGUUUGUAGCAGUCCACACUGGUGCUGGAAAUUGCAUAGAUGAAACCAAAUACCAGCGCGUUAUCAAAGAAGCCGGUGUUCGAGCCACAGACAUACUCAAAAAUGGUGGUUCCGCAAUGGACGCAGUUGAGGCGGCGAUAAUGCGUCUAGAAAAUUGUGGCAAUACUAAUGCCGGGUUCGGGUCCAACCUCUGUUGGGAUGGGCGAGUGCAAUGUGAUGCGUCCAUAAUGAAUGGUUCGAAUUUACAUUUUGGAGCCUGCACAAACGUGAGUACAGUACGAAAUCCGAUACGACUAGCUCGUUUGAUAUGCGAUGGGCAGUCAACUAUGCUAUCAAUGGAGCGCAUACCGCCAAUGGUAAUGGCUGGUAGUAGCGCGGAAAGGUAUGCUGAAGAACUAGGUUGUACGAUGAUCGACGCCAGCGCCAUGAUUUCUUCCAAGGCGAAAUUCUCAUAUAACCACUACAAAUCUAAAAUAGCGGCAGUAUCACCCGCAGCAGAAGGAACCACUAGCACAAGUAAUAGAAUGUCGACGUUACCAGUUGUCUCAGCUCAAGUUAGUGCCCUUGAUAUUGUUGGAGCAGUGUGUGUUGAUAGUAACGGGAAUACAGCUGCUGGUUGCAGCUCUGGUGGACUAUUAUUGAAGGUGCCAGGACGCGUGGGUCAGGCAGCCACCUAUGGUGCACAAACUUUUAUGUUGGGACAGUAUUUUCAUAGCAUGUUCGUUGUUGGUCAAAAAUCAGGUAUUGCGUAUACGUAAAAAAGGAAAUAACAACUUUAAAAUCCACAGCUUAUCUGAACGCUGUGAAAUUUUGUAAAUUUGUUUGUUAAAUGGCCAAAAUUGAUCUCUUUGUGAAGUUUUUUGUGGCCCUAAAAAGGGCCUUGCAAGCAUUCACUAAAAUUUUAUCUCUGCGAACUUUUUUGGCCCUAAAAAGGGCCUUUAAAGCGUACAUUCAUUUAUUGCAAAUCUGAUCUCUUUGUUUAGUUUUUGCGGCUCUGAAAAGGGCCUUUGAAAUGUUGAAAGUAUUUACUGAAAUUAAAUUAAUUUAUAUUGUUUAUGAAACUGUACGCGGUUUAAAAGUGUCACUCACCAAAAGUACAUAUCUGUGGUUUAAUUAUCGUUGUAUUGGGCUGUGCUGAAAUAAAAUUAUAAUUUAUAUUUAUUUAAGAAGCUUUAAGUAUU